ACAGCAUUUAAUCCACUAACAAGUGUAAACACAUAACCUUAAAACAAUAAUCAUGAAGUGCAUCGCAGCUGUAGUCAUGAUGGCCCUCGCCGUGGUUGUUGCCGAAGCUUCCUAUGCUCCUGCCGUCUAUGCCAAUCAUUACGGAUAUGCUGCUGCUCCGAUUGUGACCUACGCCGCUCAUAACACUUGGGAUAGCGCUCCGGUACCGGUGGCCUACAAUAGCUGGAAUGCUGUUCCAUACAACGGCUGGAAUUCGCACUACGCUCCUGCUGCCGUGGCUUAUCACGGUGCCGUUGUUGCUCCGGUUCCGUAUUCCGCUUCGUAUGUCGCUGCUAACCGAGGUGCCGUCCACAAGGCACCACUUCCUGGUCAUAUCAUCAACCAGAAGUCUUUGAACUUGGCUCCAGCUCCGGGAACACUGUAAUAAUAUUUUCGAUAGUUUAGGAGAAUUUAGAACCAACUACGCGCGCUUGAAAUGGGCUACACUUUUUGUAAAUGUUAACCAUGACAUUGUAAAUAAAGUCACAACCAAUUAGUACUUA